AUGACGACGCGGGACCAGCAGAGUGUUGAGGUGGAUGGACGACUGCAUGCUGAAUCGAUGCACUAUAAGCGGGACAUCCACUCGGUGCUAGUUCUAGAGCACGUGGAUUCCGACAUGCAUUACGUGCGCACCAACACCAACGAGGGGCUGGAUGACCAGUGGUACCUGGCGUUUUCGGGAGACAAUGGUAGCUAUGAUAUGCAGCUGGUGCAACACGAGAGGGCGGCGAUUGUGGGGAUUGUCAUGCUGCGUGGUGUGGGGCCGGUGGUGGAGUGUAUGAUGACACAUAUCAAGCUGGCGUUGGAACUGUACCGGAACCCAAUUCAUGGGUAG